AUAAUAUCAUACAUAAAGGACUUUGUCUUCAUGAAAGUCGUGCCAAAUCCGCAACCAUUAGAGUUUAGUGCUCGCCGAAUCCAUCUUCGGCAUCUCCGCAUCGUCAGAGCAUCUCUUGCUCCUGCUCCUCUCUCUCUCCGCAUCUCCUCAAAGCCCAAAGCAUCUCUAUCUCUUUCUUUAAAACGAGAAGAUGAUGUCUCAUGUCUCACGUUGAGGUCCAAAUUUUUCUCGUGUGUUUCUGUCUUCUUUUUCUUGCAAUCUACAAGAAUUUCAAACAUUGAAUCUCUUAUCGUCUGGCGCUCUGUUUAUACCCGCCUCAGAAUAUUAUAUAUAAAUCUCUCUCCGAAGAACCCCCAUCUGGGUUUUCUCUCUCAGUGGGUGCUUCUUCAAUUUCAGAUAAUGGAUAUUGGAAAGCAAAGCAGUGAGGUCUCAAAGGUUAUAUCUGAAACAAUGGAGAAGCACCAAGUGAGCUCUUCAGUGGAAGGGAAAGGGAAGAGAUUGUGGAAGAAAGUGAAGUACCAGCUAGUAGAAUAUCAUUCUUUGCCUGGUUAUUUAAGGGACAAUGAAUACAUCGUGGGCCAUUAUCGAUCUGAAUGGCCUAUGAAGCAGGUUCUGCUAAGCAUCUUCAGCAUCCACAAUGAGACUUUAAAUGUUUGGACGCAUUUGAUUGGGUUCUUCCUUUUCCUUUCCCUGACCAUAUACACUGCCAUGAAGGUUCCAAAGGUUGUUGAUCUUCACUCUCUACAACUUCCAGAUGUGUUGAAAGCUGAUUUGCACAAAUUGCAUGAAUGCCUUCCUUCUUUACCCACCAUGCCUAAUAUUCACAAACUUAGGGAGGAAAUAAAGACUACAUUGCCCUCAAUGGAUUUGCUCCCAUCUCUCUCAGGAUGGCACAUUAUGGAACUUCUAUACAAUUGCUUGCCUGAGAGAUUCUUCAGUGGCAACCACACAGAUGUCUGUGUUCUGCUUAGCGUGAAGGAGGAUGUGGCAAACAUGAUAGCCCCCCUGAUGGUGAGGCCAAUCACACGAUGGCCAUUUUUUGCUUUCCUCGGCGGGGCCAUGUUUUGCUUGCUAGCUAGCAGCACAUGCCACCUUCUCUCCUGCCAUUCUGAACGCUUGUCAUACAUUAUGCUUAGACUUGACUAUGCUGGAAUUGCAGCCCUUAUAUGUACCUCCUUUUACCCUCCUGUUUAUUACUCCUUCAUGUGUAACCCUUUCUUCUGCAACCUCUAUUUGGGAUUCAUAACCAUAUUGGGAAUUGCCACAAUCUUGGUUUCUCUCCUGCCAAUGUUUCAAACGCCAGAGUUUCGCACCAUACGAGCAGCUCUCUUCUCUGGCAUGGGCUUGUCUGGAAUAGCACCAAUCCUGCACAAGCUUAUCUUGUUCUGGAACCAGCCUGAGGCACUCCAUACAACAGGCUAUGAAGUUUUGAUGGGUGUUCUGUAUGGAAUUGGAGCGUUGGUUUAUGCUACAAGGAUUCCAGAACGAUGGAUGCCUGGAAAAUUUGACAUUGCAGGGCACAGCCACCAACUUUUCCAUAUAUUUGUAGUGGCUGGGGCUUACACUCAUUAUCAUGCGGGGCUGGUUUACCUCAAGUGGAGAGACCUGGAAGGCUGCUAGAGAGAAUAUACUCUGAAUCUUAAAAUAAUUUAGUGAAUGAAAUCCUAGGCAAUUGCACUGUAUAAAUAAAUAGGUCAAGCAAAUCUAGAAUCUAGAUGUAAGAACGCUGUGGGAAAGCAGUAUGCCAUUUCCUCAAUUCUUUGUAUGAGUACGAUUGCACUGAUAAAUUUGGAGCAACACAGUAUGAUUCCAUAGCAUGGAAAAGGGCUGUAUUCAUUUUCAGAUUGUCUUUUCAUGUCUAUGGUGAUAACUUUUUGUUUGGUUGUGCUA